GCAAAUUCGACCCUCCAAGAUGGCGAGUCAACAUGUGUUCCGGGCUCUCUACCGACAAAAGUGCGCAGGAUGCUGGCCAGGUUCCAUCCUUCAAACAAGUAGCCCUAGCCGUCGCUGACGCUUCCCGGGGACCCCGCCAUCAUGACCGCUCCUGUGGAUAGCGACAGCACGGUCGCAUCCGCCUCGCUGGCGACGUGCCCGAAUGACGAGGUUCAGAGCUCAGAGCGCGCAAGGCAGCGCGAGAUCGCAGCCUACUUUUCCGCGGCCUCUUUUCCUCCUGGUCUGCCUGCUGCGUUUCAGGAGAAGCCGUCGCUCUGUACUGAUCCUACCCUCAAUGCCCUUACUCAGCUGGGAGCCCUGCGUCUCAACGUCGACCGGCAAUAUCAAUAUGUCAUCUGCGAGAUGACGUGCUCGCAUUCGUUUGUCGAGAUGAAGUGCGACCCGGGUGACACGGUCGCGAUAGGCGUCUGCAAGCUCCGCAACUGCGACGGUGUCUGUCCCGCCACCAUGAAGGCCUUCAUUGGAUGAGACGGGAGAAUGGGUGAAGACGGGUCCCGAAGAGAUCGCCAACAGGACCCGGUAUAUCAUCAACAAUUUCAAGACACACCCCAACUACAAGGACUGACCAUAUGUGACCAACUAUCCGUACUUCACCUCCUACCUGGACGAUCUCCGCUGGCCUAUCUGCUUGGAAGCUACUGCGUUGUCGAUAGCAAGUUCAACAACUUUAACAACGACCACCUUGUCGAUAUCAUGAAUGAGAUUGCCGCCGCCAUCAU